CCGCAAAAAUGGAUGACUGGGACACCGUCACGAAGAUCGGGAGCAAGACCCGUGGCGGGGGCGGCGCGCAGAGAGAGACGGUGAUCAGAGGCAAGGCGGCGCUGAACCAGGCGCAGAGGAGCGGUGCGGUUUUGGGGACGGAGAAGAAGUUUGCUUCUGGGAACUCUUCCGGCGGCGGCGAAGGCCAGCGUCUCACAAAAGUUGACCGCAGCGACGAGAUCGUCAAGCCCAACACGGUCGGCAAAGAAGUCGGCUCCGUGAUCUCCGACCAGCGCCAAAAGAUGGAGCCGAAGAUGACUCAAAAGGACCUUGCGACGAAGUGCAACACCACCGCGAGUAUUAUUGCUGAUUUCGAGCGUGGGUCCGCGGCGCCGGAUCAGAAGAUUUUGGGGUCCAUGGAGAAGGUGUUGGGGAUUAAGUUGAGGGGGGCGAAUAUUGGGGCGCCGAGGUUUGGACCGAAGAAGUAGAGUGGUGGGGGAGGAGAGAUUUGGUGGCAAGGUUUUCUGGGGCUCUGACUUCUGAGGCUCUGAUGUGCACGGGAGGGGAGAGCUGAUGGCUUUGCCGAUGUAGGCCGCGUGGAUGGGCUGGAGGAGGGAACGAAUAGGUCUUCACGAUGGAUAUGAUGGAUCGGAAGUUUUUUGCCUUUGGUGAUUUCAGGCGCGAGCGGGAGGAGGCUAGAAGCAUAGAUGAGAAA